AUGGGUGCCCAGCCGUGCUGCGGGGUGAAGCGGGUGCCCUCGGAUGCCAAGUUGCCGGAGCAGCCAGAGGACUGCUGCGACACCAAGUGCGAGGACCCCAAGCUCGUGGAGCCUGAGGCGGAGCCACUUCCUCCUGAUGAUGUGAGCGGGUUGAGAGGUUUGAAAGUGGAGCUUCCUGCGGCUGCGCUGGAAAAGACAAAGUCCAAGCACUCGGACCCCUCGCCCCGGCGAUUUGACCGACGAGGCAACCCCAUCCUCAAGGAGGCUUCGACGCCGGGGCAGAAAACGCCGCAUCACAUUACGUUUGCUGAUGAGUUGGAUGAUGACGUAGAGGUCGUCUACGAAUUUUCCCUGCCGCAGCGCUCAGCCUCUGCUCGCUUGGCGCAGUCUUGGAAGGUGCUGCAGACAACGAUCACAUGUUCACGCACCGAGAGCAACAUGGGCAAGCGGAAGUCCUACGAUUGA